AUGGUUUUAAAGGUGGAAAGCACGAAGAGCUCAAGUGCAACCUUGCCCCCCAAUGUACCCUCCUACAGGUCUCUGUCCUCCUCCCAUGAGGAUUACCCUAGCAGUCACACUAGCUUCUCAGAUGGUGAGCUUGCCCGGAAUGUGAGGGAAGGUGUCAAGCAUCGAAUCUUCUACCUCUCAGAGCAGCUGAGAGUGGAGAAGGCCAGUAGGGAUGAGAAUACUAUGAGCUACCUCAAGCUAGUAUCCAAAGCUGACCGACACCAGGCCCCACAUAUCCGGCAGGCCUUUGAGAGGGUGAACCAGCGCACCUCUGCCACUAUUGCUCACAUAGAACGAAAGCUCUAUCAGUGUCACCUGCAGCUGAAGGAGCUGGAAGAGGGCUGCAGCCCUACAAGCUCAGUGCUAAAAGUGAGCAGUGGUGUGGACGGCCAUAAGCAACCUGGUGAGAAGGUCUCAUAUUCCAAGUUGUCCAAGCCAGGGGGGGAAGAUAGCCUGCCCAUCGAUAUAGCUAGGCCCUACACUCUGGAGAGUCACUUGUCAGGCAUGCAACAGAGGAAAUUCUCAGACAAAAAGUAUGUGGCUCAGCAGCAGAAGAUGAAGGAAGAACUGACAGAAGCCAAGAAAGUCCAUGUUGGUCUUCAGGUCUCCCAUCAAAGCCUCAAGGAAAGUCAUGUGACUAAUGUGCGGGAGGUACUGGAGUCCCUCCAGGAAAAGAAAGCCAGACAAUCACUGAUGGAAGAACAGGUGAAUGAUCACUUGCAGAGAUACUUGGAUGAGAUUUGCCACCUCAAACAGCAUUUGGCAUGCACUGAAGAGAAAAUGGCCUAUUUGUCCUAUGAAAGAGCCAAAGAAAUAUGGGAUGUAAUGGAGACUUUCAAGAGCAGAAUAACCAAGCUAGAAACUCAACAGCAAGCUACCCAACUGGAGAUGAUGGCCAGCCUCAGAACCCGUCCCAAGGACUUUUUGUUCAGAUUCAUAAGCCUGCUUCUCACACUGACCACUGUCCUCUUGGUCUUGGUCUCUACCUUGUGUUCUUGCCCCUUGCCUCUGCUCAACUCACGCUUGCGCACAUUCACUGUGUUCGUGUUGAUUGGCCUUGUGUCCUUGGCUUGGCAGAAGCGGCAUAUCAUCUCCAUCAUGGACUGGCAGGCUUGGGUCCCCUUCAAGUGGAGACCAGACUUCAAGGAUGCUAAACCUCCAUUAGAUGGACAGUGA